AUGCCUCUGCCCUUCUCAUCGCCGCGGCUCUCGUCUUUCCGAAAGCAGCAUCUGCUUGUCGAGUUCUCUACGCUGCGACAUGCUCAGCUCGACGGUGUUUUCGUGACCAUCACACCAGGCGAUCCGUCGCUAUGGGUAGGCGUCAUAUUCGUGCGAAAAGGUCCAUAUGCCCCUGCAGUCCUGCGCUUCCAGCUGUCUUUUCCGUCGAGCUAUCCAGCUCUACCGCCCAUUGUGACCUUUUCUACCGAUGUUUUCCACCCUCUGCUCACGCCACUCACAACAUACACUCACACAACUGCCUCCUUGGACACGGACACCGUCAGCGCAACCGACGAGGAACGGUUACCACCAGGUGGGUUCAGUCUUCGUCAUGGGUUCCCACACUGGUUUGGUCGGGCACGACGGUCUGUAGCAGGUUCGCGCGACGCGAGUGGGUCUAUAGUCGAUAGCCCUGCUCAAAGUGGUACGCCUGUGCACGCGGAAGGAGGAAGUGCUACCUUGGACCAUUCUAGAGCACUAUCCGCUGUGACUGGUGUCUCCAUCGUGGCCGUUAUCGAGUACAUCCGGUCCACAUUCAGUGAGGAGACAGUCCUCGAUUCAGUCUCGUUAGAAGCCGCCGCGAACCCAGGCGCUUACCAUGCAUGGCGAGCUCACCGUGGCUCAGAGUUGCAUGGCCAGCAACGUUCUCUCAGUCCUGUCUCUUCUAACUCGGGCGAAGGUGUAGCACUUGGAAGAAAUCGACGUCCUGGAGAGUGGAAUUGGGAGGGCGUAUGGGAAGAGCGUGUGAAAAGAGCUGUCAAUGCUAGUCUCUCUGAGCCUGUUCUGUACGGACCCGGCGCCGGAGAAGAUAUCAUUCGCUUCCAGCAGGGAGACAGUGAGACUAUGGCCGGCAUGAAGAAUCAUCUGGCCCUUGCAGCUGCACGAACGACAGAAGCUUAG